AUGCCUCGCAUCACCCCGGGUGCGAUACGUCAAGCCUACAAGAUCUCACCCCAGGCAGCGAAACUCUUGCCAGCCUGCAGAGACCUUCCCUCAACCCUCAACGAGCUGCGAUGGAUCCGUGAACACGUCAAAGAGCUCCAGCGCGGACGGCCGCCCUCACCCUUUAUCACAGAGCAUCAGGUCGCCUCGCUGUGCCGCCGGCGUGGAAAGGGCGUGCCUCUGCAAUAUGUCCUAGGCAGCCAGCCUUUUGGAAACCUGGACAUGAAAUGUCGCCCGGGCGUCUUGAUCCCCAGGCCCGAGCCUGAAGCCUACACAACCCACCUGGCCAGCCUCAUCAGAAGUGGUUCGCUCUUGGGCAAGGGGCAUCACAAGCCCCCAGCAGCCCUGCGCGUUCUUGACCUGUGCACGGGGACGGGCUGCAUCGCCCUGCUGCUCUACUCGCUCCUCCGCGACGCCGUCCCCGACGGCCUGCACGUCCUCGGCGUCGACAUCUCGGCCCAAGCCGUGCAGCUCGCCCGUGAGAACCUCACCUACAACAUCACCAAAGGCCUGGUCUCUGCUCCUCAAGCCCCCAGGCAUUCAGUCGACUUCAUCCUGGGGAAUGUCUUCUCCGACUCUCUGCUCUCGGCAGGAGAGGCGAAAGGAGAUGGAGAUCGAGACCGGCCGCAGCGCUGGGACUUGAUGAUCUGCAACCCGCCCUACGUCUCCCGCUGGGCCUUUGCCCACCAGACCGCCCGGAGCGUCCGCAACUACGAGCCCAAGAUCGCCCAGGUCCCGGCCGUGGCGUACGGCGGCGGCGCCGUCAGGCCCGAGGACGUGUUCUACGCCCGGCUUCUCGACAUUGCUGCGCGUUUGGGGCCCAGGGUGAUGCUGUUCGAGGUGGGUGACCUGGAGCAGGCCCUGCGCGUCGCGGAGAUGGCCCUCGGCCACAAGGACCUCGCUAGCUCGGGUUCCGGCGUGAACGUCGAGGUUUGGAGGGAUUGGCCGGACGCGGCGCCAGAGGAGGACGAGGAAUCAUCCGCAAAAGUCUUUGAGGGGAGUAGAGAAGUGCAUAUUAGAGGGAGCGGCCAUGGCCGGUCAAUAUUCAUACAGCGCAGCUGA